UACAAGCAAUUGAGGAUCGAGGAUAACACUUGUUUAUCUUCUUCCUUCUUCUCCUCGCACGACUCGCCACCGGUAUCACCAGUUCAGACCUCUCACUCUCAAUUCCUUGUGUUAUCUCUUCUUCUUCUCCUCCAAUGUCGAGAGGAACGGACCGGCUGAUCAAGAGCGUGAAGCAGUUCGCGGACGGUCAGUACAAGGCCUUCGCCGCCCGCUACGGCCAGCAGCUGAUCGACAUCGCCGAGCUCCCCAUCAAGGUCGUCCUCUCCCCUUUCACCCUCGCCUUCGACAUCGCCGGCUCCGCUCCCCGCGGCUUCGGCGUCCCCGAGUUCAUCUCCAAGCUCUCCUACGCCUCCAUCUUCGCUGUCGCCACUCUUGGGACGUAUGAUAUCGCGUUGGAGCUUGGAAAGAAGGUGAUAUGUCAGAGGAAUUGCAAAACCUGUAAUGGAUGGCAGGCACUGAGGUGUACCAUGUGCAAAGGAUCAGGAAAAGUGCACUAUCAAGUGAAUAACUACAGCUUGAAGAGUGGAGAGAAAGCAACAGCUGAAUGCAUAGCUGACGCCAUUGUUGAUAAUCGUGCUGAACUCGUUCACCUUCCUUCAUCUGUUGAUCUUCAUUCACCUUUGCCAUCUAAAGAUUGCCCAACUUGCGAUGGAACGGGAGUCAUGGGCUGUCCAGAAUGCAAGCACAAACUACAAGUCAGAAUUUCUGCAGAUGAUAUUAUGGAGCCUCCAUGGAUAGCCUAUAAUGUCAUGAGAAAAAUGGACUAUCCCUAUGAGCACAUAGUCCACAGUAUGAAAGACCCGAGCAUUGCUGCAUUCUGGUUGAUUACCUUCCCUCAAAUUGUUGGUGGAUUUGAAUAUGAUGAUGAAGUCAAACAGAAAAUAUGGUGGCAAUACAAGGAGUCCAUGAGAUAUGAUCAAAUUCGAGAUGCGAUUGCUAAUCGUAAACCUGGCUGGGAGCAUAUGCAGGAGGCUUUAAUUUCUAUAGAUCCAGUUCGUGCACGGGAUGAUCCUGUUGUCGUGAAAAAUAUUCCUUACUACAAAGCCAAGAAGGCUUUGGAAGCAGAAGUGAUGAAACUCGAUCCUCCUCCAAGGCCUCAAAAUUGGGGUGAGCUAGAACUUCCACUCAAUUCAUCUUCUUGGAAUGAAGAGGAUCUGAAAAAUCCCGAUAAACUUUAUGAGAUGACCGUACUUCUUAAUGCCCAAAGAGAGAUUGCUGAUAGAAUCUUGGAUGCACAAUGGCAAAAUAAAUGGCGACAGGAAAAGCUGAAUGAGAUGUUGGAGGAGAAGGUGCGCCCUUACAUUCAAGACAUUGAUAAUGGUGUCCUAUCUCGUCCUAUCAUAUUACAAUCAAAAGCGCAGGAUCAGAAGAGAAAGCCACGACAACGGAGAUGGUGGUUCUUUUGAAGGACACUGUUUCAGCUAUUUAACAAUUCUGGAUAUUUAAUUCUUGAUGGGCAGCUUUGGUUGGACUGAUGGUCUUCUACAAAAGCAAUUUUCCUUUUU